CAGUGUGUGACAGCAAUGCCGUGUCACACAGAAAUGGGUGACUUCUGUGAUCCAGAACGACGCGAACUCGCCCCCGUUUUAUGGAGACCUUUAUAGUCAGGGGGUAGCACUGAGCUCGGUCCGCCAACCUCACUUUAUGUUUGGGUAGAUUGCGGGAAAAGAGGAACUACUCGAUAGAAAAACAUGCCAGCUGAGCUGAGCCGCGUUGAUAUAUAUUUUUUUUUAAUUAUUGUGUCGCAAGUUUUUGCAACAGCGUUUCCUGUUGAAACGCUGCUAACUGAGAAGUUGCAACUGACAUCAUAUGCUGGAUGUAGUAAAACCGCGAUGGGGGCAGGAGCGCGAGGCUGAGGCUUCGUCGACUAAUUAGAGCAGCGGCAGCGUCGGCAGGAGCCGAUGCACCUUUGCCUGAACCCUGAGCUGCUGUGGGGUUUUUUUAUCGCUGGGAAAGUAUUGCUUGGUGUGACUGUGUGGGUGUGAAUGCGUGUGUUUGAUGUGGAUGCGCUAAUGUCGGGGUCUUGUGGCAGGGGAGGACGUGGCCAUCGCUUCCUGGCCGUGUGAGGCGAGUGGACCAGUCGCGAGGCAACAUGGCGCACAAGUGCAUGAGCGUGCAUGCCGGCAGAACCGCCAAAGCCACGCAUGUCAGGGAGCAGGACAACGGGGAUGGCUGUGACCUCCGGUGGGAGAAUCCCAAGAACAGGAGCCCUGGACAUGUGGCCAUGCUGGAGAAGACACGGGAGUUCUUUCAGAUCUGUGACAUAGAAGAUAAGGGAUUCAUCACACGGAGGGACAUGCAGAGGCUACACGGCGAGCUGCCCCUCACUGGCGAUGAGCUGGAGAACGUCUUUGAAACCUUGGAUGCUGAUGGCAAUGGUUACCUCACUCUGGAGGAGUUCUCCACUGGAUUCAGUGAGUUCCUGUUUGGGCGCCGGGUCUCCACCAAAGACCUGCUUUACCAGCACCAGGGUGAGCAGACGUUGGCAGACAGCGAUGAAGAAGAAGAGAAGAGCUUCGGCCUCCUCCUGGAGAACCUGGGGGCUAGCAACGUUUUUGAGGACUUCUCCGAUGUGCGUAGCCUCUGGACUCGGCUCCGCCACGACGAGCCGCACCUCCUGUCCAACUUCGAGGAGUUCCUGGCCAGAGUUACUGUCCAACUCAAGGAAGCCAACCAAGAAAAGCGGGAGAUGGAAAGCGCCCUGCAGAGGAAAGCAGCCACUCAUAACGAUGAACUUCAGCAGCUGUAUGAGGAGAUGGAACAUCAAAUCAAAACUGAGAAGGACCGCAUCCUCCACCAGGACUCUGAACACUUCUUGCACCGAAGUCAGAACCUGGAGCAGAGACUCUCCAGCAAGGAGUUGGAGCUGGAGCAGCUGGUGCAGAAGCAACGGAGGCUGGAGCGGGAGUGCCAGGAGCUCCACGGCGAGCAGGAGGAGACGCGUGUGGAGAAUGUGAAGCUGAAGACGACCAAUGAGCAGCUGGCAUGUGAGUUGGUGCACACGUCCAAGGAGCUGAGCCUGGCACAGGAGCAGCUGGAGAUGCUUCAGCAGGAGGCGACACGGCUGCAGGAGGAGCGAGAGAUGGAGAUGUACAGGCUGACGGAGGGCCUGCAGCGGGACAGGGCAGGCCUCCUGAAGCAGCUGGACCUGCUGAGGGAAACGAAUAAACAUUUACGAGAUGAGAGAGACAUCUGUUACCUAAAACCCAGGAAUUCUCCCCCAAUCCUACGCCCCUUCCAGAACCAGAGAUGUGGAGCAGUGGGUCUGAAGUUUGCGGAGGAGAUGCUGGGGAGUGAAGACAAUGUGGACACCCCCAAACGCAGCAACAGGAAGUCCAUCUUGGGCCUGAACGGCCAUGGGCAUCCUGUCAGGCCAGAUGGGGCCCCUCCCAUGGACAACCUGCUGCUCCAGAGGGUGAUAUCUAUGGAGGAGGACCCUCUGCCCCAGCCCCCCGCCAACCAAUGGAGCGUGGAGGAAGAAGCAGAGCCUACUGACCUGGAAAUAAGUAACAUCUACGCCGUCACUCGGGGCUCCACCAUCCAGGACGUGGCACCUGCUAAUGACAGGGCUCCUUCAUCCAGCAAGCAGACCCCCCCCCCAUCCCCCAGGGAGCAGCCUGUGGGCAGGGAGACCAACACACGGAUAGAAGCCACCAUCUCCAGCCCCGACCGCCUCUUCAAGGUUGUCGUUGUGGGGAACUCGAGUGUGGGCAAGACCUCAGUGCUUCAGCGUUUCUGUGACCACUCCUUCCUCCCAGGGACCUCCGCCACCAUAGGAAUCGAUUACAGUGUGAAAACAGUAACCAUGGACAACAGCCAGGUGGCGCUGCAGAUGUGGGACACAGCCGGGCAGGAGAGGUACCGAAGCAUAACCAAGCAGUUCUUCCGCAAGGCCGACGGCGUCAUCGUCAUGUACGAUAUCACCUCCCAACAGACCUUCUUGGCUGUCAGACAGUGGCUCGCCAGCGUUCAGGACAGUGCAGGAGGAGACAUUCCCAUCAUGCUCCUUGGGAACAAGCUCGACAUGGAGAGUGCGAGGGAAGUCCCAGUGCAAGUCGGGGAAAAGCUGGCUAAGGACUCCCAGCUGAUCUUCUAUGAGUGCAGUGCUUUCUCAGGCCAAAAUGUGACUGAAGCCAUGCUCCAUCUGGCAAGGGUUCUGAAGGAGCAGGAAGACGAGGAGAAGGAGAGGACCAUCCAGCUGGCUCACAGCCCACCAACCACGAGGAAAAAGUCCUGCUGUUAGGACAAGGAAGAGUUCAGAGGUGGGAGAGCCAGACAGCCGGUGAAAACAUCCAUUCAUGCCGUAAUGGCAGUUGAUGUGAAAGGACACCUGAAAUUGACACUUCUGGAUUUAGUUCUUUCUAUUAAAAACACUGCAAUCCUGAGUGUUGUAGUCAAUAGGCUGGCCACAGCUGUGUGCAGUAAUAUGAACGUCGCUGAUCAGUCCAGUUAAAAAUAGACAUUUGAUCAAAUUUUCUCCACCCAUUUCUCGAAGUAUCGUUUCAGUAUAAACUAAAAAGAUGCUUUUUUCUGAAGUAAAUUAUUUUUAUUCACGUUUGUAAAUGAAGGAACAACGGUAAAUUAAACUUAAAGAGCAUAAAGUAACUAUCAUUACAGGCAUCACAGUUAUAAUUAACGGUUGUGUCAGCACUAGAGACAAUUAUUCUUCAUCCCCAAGUGCACAAGCGUGAACUCUUUGGAUAGUUUAGCACUAUCGUGACACAGCUGUCAUGAAUAAAUGGUGAUCAUUUAUACAAUGGCCCUGGUUCGCCCAAAUUAAGUACUCUGGUAAGUACACUAUAGUAGGUAUUUCAAAUAUUUAUAUAUUAGAGUUUUAUUUAUAUAUACAGCGUAUUUGAAUGUAUUUGUCUGUACUUUUACUAAGAAUGAUCUCAGUCCGUAAAUGAAGGCUAGUAUCACAUGUCGAUAUUUAUUUAAACCUCUGCGUAUUAACUAAAAUCACUCCAUGUCACUCGCUGUCUGUAACGUGAUUCAUCCAUUCUUGUUGCAGUAAAGCUUUGCUUUGUGGUUCUGUUUUCUUAGUUUAACGUCACUGGGUACAAGACCUGAGGACAAAAUGCCAGAGACUUUUAAAGACUGUUGUAAAUGUACUUAAUGACUUUGAGUAUUUCUCAAAUGAAUCAGAAUACAUCUGCAUGGGUCACAGUGGCUGCCGGUUCUCAGUAGACCUUAGCAGCUGAGGUGUGUUGGCUGUACCGGGGCUCGCUAAUGUAACGGUGAUGCGUGGCCAGCCGACCAAAGCUGAUCUUACUGCAGAGAAGCUCUGGUGGCCUGGUGUGUCAUUUUCACACAAACACACAUUGCAGCUGUACUAUGUUGUGAGCUGAGGGGAGAUCGGACACGCUUGUUUGGUUGUAAAUCGAGCUGUUUGCAAUGAAAGUGUGCAUUUUUGUACCUUUUAUUGUUUUGUGAUGUUCUCUUUGAUACCAGUAAAGAGGUCUCUGACAGAA